AUGGAAGAGGCUUCAUCGAUAAGAGCAGGAAGGAAGGAGAUGGUGCAAUCUGCAUGUGCUAAACAUGUGGUUUUUCGCAUCCCCACGCCACCAAACAGCGGCAGCGAGCUCUCUAGUCGCAAGAUGAUUUUUGCUGCCAUGCUUGAGAGUACGGCAGGUAGCAAGAGGCGAUCCCCUGAUGACCAAGACUUCGUGUUAAGCAUGAAUAGUACUAGUACUGAAAGUCUAGAGGUUAGGGAUGCUAUGGAUGUGAGUAUGAAUUGUAAAAGAGUGUGUGUUGAGAGAGUUGGUACUAGAGUCGGCAUAGAUGGGUCUACUAUUCAUGUAACUGAAGAGGUAGAUGGGGGAGUGGAGGUGGAUCAGGACAAAAGAAGAGAGUCUGUAGGGGAUGAAAAAGAUGUAGAGGAUGGAAAAGAUGUAGGGAACAAUACUAAGGAAGCAACCGGCCCUGGGGCUGCCGGUCAACUGACUGGCGAGCAUGAUAUCGCCCGUCAGGAGCCAUGA